AUGGCUACCGUAACUUUAAGUCAGGGAAAAUUAAAGGGUGGCAAAGCAGUUAGUGAUAAUGGAACACCAUAUUACGAAUUCUUGGGCAUCCCUUACGCGAAACCACCUCUUGGAAACUUAAGGUUUAAAGGUCCCCAGACUCCAGAGCCAUGGAUUGGUGAAAGAGAUGCUACAACGGUUUGUGAAAGCAACGUUUGCUGUCAAAUGGAUAUUAGAAAAGGAAUAUCUGUAGGAUCCGAGGAUUGCCUUUACCUAAACGUCUAUACCCCGCACUUGCCUGAUGCAAAUUCUAAUUUAUUACCGGUAAUGGUUUACAUUCAUGGUGGAGGCUUUAUUUUCGGCAGUGGUAUAAUAAAGCAGGAAUUGGGUCCAGAUUACAUAAUAGGACACAAUGUGGUCGUUGUAACUAUCAACUAUAGAUUGGGAGUGAUAGGUUUCUUAUCACUGGACAUUCCAGAAGCAAGUGGUAAUAUGGGUUUAAAAGAUCAGGUUUUUGCACUUAAAUGGGUGCAAGAAAACAUAGGAAAGUUUGGUGGAGAUCGCAAUAACAUAACAAUUUUUGGAUUAAGUGCGGGGUCAGCUUCAGUUGAUUACCUACUUUUAUCAUCGCAAUCAAAAGGGCUAUUUCACAAGGCUAUACUUCAGUCUGGCUCUAGUCUUAAUCAUUGGGCAAUAAAUUAUGAACCCAAGAAAAUAUUAGUUAAGCUUCUCGAGCAAAUGGGGUACACAGGUCCCAUGGAUAACAAUGGUGAUAUAUACGAAUAUUUACUUGCCAGUCCUUUAGACAACUUAUUAUAUUCUAGUUUCAAGGUUAUUGAAAAUUAUGAUUCUAACAGACUGUGUUUCGGAUUUGUACCGACUAUUGAGACGGAUUUUGGUAAUGGUGAAGCAUUCAUAACUGAAAGUCCUUACAAAUUAUUUAAAGAAGGGAGAUUUAAUAGAGUCCCAGUGAUAAAAGGAUUCUGCAACAAGGAAGGCUACAUAAUGAAUAUCCUGAAGCCAAAAAUCGUUCUUGAUUUGAUUGAAAACAAAGAUUUUACUAAACAUUGGUCCUAUUCGCUCGAUGAAGGUGACAAGACUCACUUCAAUUCAAAUAUUCUGAACGCUUACGAAGAAGAGAAUACCCAUGAUGAUGAUAAGGACAAAAUUGCAGUAGAAUUUUUCGGCGAUCUCGAUUUUGUAUCAGGAAUUUGGAUAAGUGGGCAAAUAAUAGCAAGUAAAGGUGUACCAGUAUAUUUUUACGAAUUUAAUUACGACGGGAAAAUGAAUGCAACCAAAAUAAUGUUUGGUUUAAUGAGAAAAGGCGCAGCUCAUGGGGAUGAUAUUGGAUAUAUUUUUAAACAGAGCGCAAAUUCAAAAUUUUGUGACGGCAAGGAUGCAGAAACAACAGCUAAUCUUGCUCUAAUGUGGACGAAUUUUGCAAAAAUGUGCAAGCCUAUACCUAACAAUGAAAAACUGUCUAUUGAAUGGCCCGAAUAUAAAAAUGAGUCACCAGCAUAUCUCAGUAUCGGUGAAGACUUCAGCAUCAGAUACAACUAUGAACCUAAAAAGAUGGCUGUAUUUAAGGAUAUUUAUGAAAAAUAUCAAAAA